UUUAUUCGAUGCUCACUUUUCCAAUUAUAUAAGCCGAGCCGGAAAUGAUUAUUCAUGAGAAAAAACCUCCCUGGUCUGGCCACCAACGUGUUGGAGAGUGAUCCAUUAGCUGGGCGGACGGUGCCGGCUGCUGGGACCCCUGCUCCAAGCUCGCUGGAUUAGUUUCGCUCUGUGCGAUUUCAGGGUUAUCUCCCCAGCUGGGAGCGAGGGAAAUAGCGUCACCGGGCGGGGCUGAGCAGAGCAGUCACAACUUGUGCACUUGGUACAAGUCCGGUUGAGAGAGAGGGACUGCCGGGGACGGGGAUCGGCGACGUUACAAUCCGAUGCGCCUUCCUAUUAACUGGGAUUGAUACACGGCCGAGGCAUUUGAAAGGGAGUCUGGCAACCUGCCCACCUCACACAUGGAUAGGAGCAAAGCACUGGACCAGCUCCUCACAGAACUCGAGGGCUUUUUGAAAUUACUAGAUAAUGAAAACCUCAGCCUUACAGCCAUAGCAAAGAAAUGCGUCAUAUCAGAGCUUCUCCACAACAUCGUCAGUUCUUCAGCUGGCGAGGAGGAGUAUAUCUACAUGAACAAGGUUCUACUAGAAGAAGCAAUUGCAGCUGAGAAGAAAACGGCAGAGAAAGGUUCAGAUCGUGGUAAUAUUCCCAAUGGAAUAGAUAUAGGAAAGAUCACGCCUGCUCCUCAGAAGAGCUUGCCUGAGCUCCCACCUGCAAAAGUUAUGUCAGAGAGGGAGCCAUUUCCUUUGUCCAGGAUCGAUCUAGUUGAAGGCCACUAUGAGGAAGCUGAACCAUAUGACACUGUUAACAUAGAUGAGGUGGAAGCGGUUAGUAGCUCCUAUGAAUCGUAUGACGAGGAAGAGAAUACCAAAGGGAAAUCGAUGACCCAUCAGUGGCCUUCUCCAGAGGCCUCCAUUGAGUUGAUGAAAGAUGCCCGCAUCUGUGCGUUCCUCUGGCGAAAGAAAUGGCUGGGGCAGUGGGCCAAACAACUGUGUGUCAUCAAGGAGUGCAAGCUUCUGUGUUACAAAAGUUCAAAGGACCAGAAUCCUCAGCUAGAUGUGAGUCUGAUUGGGUGCAGCAUUGUGCAUAAGGAGAAACAAGUCAAAAAGAAAGAACAUACUUUGAAGAUCACACCAGUCAAUUCGGAUGUUAUUGUGCUGGGUCUCCAAAGCAAGGAACAGGCAGACCAGUGGUUAAAGGUGGUUCAAGAAAUCAGCAACAUUCAAGGUGAAACUUUACCUGACGGAAAUUCUGGCACCAAUGACCAUACCCGCACUCACGGCCAAAGGCUGGAUUCUUCAGAACGGUAUUCAGGAGCAUCGGAGAGUGGGAACAGUACUGACGGUGGAUCUGUCCAUGACGUUAUUGAAACUAAGGAUGUGAAAAAGAAAUCAAGCAUCGGGGAUCUCAAAACUGCAGGUCUCAAGCUGAGUAGUUUUAUGAAUCUCGGGAAAAAGAAACCCAUAUCUGUGGAAAUUCCAAUUAACAAUAAGAAGAAUGUUCAAGCCUCAGGAUAUUUGAAUGUGUUUAUGAACAGCCAAUGGCGCACACGUUGGUGUCAAGUUAAAAAUGGACUUAUUUAUUUCUACCAAGACAAGGGCAAAAACAAAUCAGUUCAACAUCCUCUGAGCCUGGAUGGCUGUGAGGUUAUCCCUGACUCUACACCAGAGCAUUUAUAUUCAUUUCGCAUUGUACAAGACGGCGAGGAAAUAGCUUCUCUGGAGGCCAAGUCUUCGGAAGAGAUGGGUUACUGGCUGGGCCUUCUGCUGGCAGAAUCAGGAUCCAAGACUGACCCUGAAGAGUUUGCUUAUGACUAUGUAGAUGCUGACCGUGUGUCGUGUAUAGUGCAUGCAGCUAAACAAUCCUUAUAUUUACUACAGCAGAGAUACUCUGAGCCAAACACGUACAUUGAUGAUUUGCCUGUGGUGCAGAACCAGUCAGAAGAUCUGUAUGAUGAUGUGGAUGUACCAGAAUCUGUGGAAGAUAAAACUAAUGAGGAUCAAUGCGAUGGGGAAGAUCAAACAAGAGUUUAUUUGGACCUUUCCCCUGUAAAGUCAUUUCUCCACUCAAGUAACAACAAGGCACCACCAUCUAAUGUGCAAUUAAAUGCAUCAAACAAUGACAACGGAAAAGGAGCUUUGAAUGUUUCACAAGUAAAUGACAAGGAUUCGGCCAUUGAUUCUGAUUCUGGGAUCAUUCCAAAGGUUUCAGAGAGUAGUGUCAAGAUUUCUCAGGUGAAAGCAGAGUUUGAAGAGAAAGCUUCCAAUACCAGCAGCAAACCUCCUGGCAAUCAGAAAGUAGUGCCACCAUCGGGCGAUCAGAGCAAGAACUCAACGCAAGCAACGAGCCAACAAGUGAAGCCAGUCACAGAGUGUGUGGAAAAACAGAAGCCAGGAGCAGCAGCACCAAUCGAGACCAAAUUUGGAAAAAAUCGAACUGAGGCAGACCUUAAAAAAUACCUUGAAGAGAAAGAAAAACUGGAGAAAGAGAAAGAACAGCUUCGGAAUGAACUGAUGUUGCUAAGGAAACAGAAGAGGGAAGUGAAGGACACAAUAGCAGUUUGCAAAGACAAGCAGGUGCUUUGCACUCAGGAGGAAAGGCUGCGUCAGAUAGAAGAGGAAUGCAAGUCAAAGGAGAACAGCCGGGUGGACCUGGAACUGAAACUGGUCUCGGUGAAAGAGAACUUGAAGAAAGCCGAGUCAGGACCAGUGACACUGGGGACGACUGUGGACAGCAGUCACUUUGACAAUCUCAACUCAAACGCUAAGUCGGCGAGUAUGACCAACAUUCCUGAUAAUUCACCCGUGAACUCUGCUGCAACAUUAAAGAAUAGACCUUUAUCGAUUAUGCAGUCUGGAAAGGGGACUGUCCUACAAAAAGCAAAGGAAUGGGAAAAGAAAGCUGCCAGCUAGAAAAUAAUUUGGAGUAGGAUGGACUAUAAUAGCGAGAAAAAAACCCAUAGCGUUUGGAACAGAGAGAUAUUUUUGUUCAUCUAUUCAUGGAAGUCAGAUAUAGUAAGCCACUUCUACUUGGCACGCUUCUUCAUAAAAGAAACGUUCUACUGCCCGAAUCUUCAACAUGAACUCAUAUACUAACAUCGUGGACCGUUACUACAAAUCAUCUGAAGAUUUUGAAGGUUCUUUAUUUCACCUUUGAAAGCCGAAUGCUUAAGAAAACCAAGUACACAACUUCCAGCAGAGUUAACUGACAAGCAAAUAAAUACUGUCUUAACAGACCUUCUUUUUCCUUUGGAGCUUACAGAUGUAUGACAUAAGGAAUAUUGUCUUGCAAUUUAAAAAUUCCUGUUUAUUAAGAUACCUUUAAAAAGGUGAUGGUUGAGUGACCAGUGAAAGGUGUCAACAAGCACACCACACUAGUGCUGAAUAUUAUUGGAUACAAUGGUGUGGUGGUUACCUUGUUGAUCCAAAGGCCAAGACUGACUGUUUGGACAAAUGAGUUUGAAUCCAACCCAAUUGUGCCAAGAAAUUUAUUUGACUAAUUGACAUCAGUUAUAAUAUCUGCAAAACAGAAUGAUUUUCUUUUCCUAAAAGAGAGCUAGUCCAUUAAUGUCCUUUAGGGAAGGAAUAGUGUCAACCUUAUAUUGCACAUGUGUAGAAUGCAAAAUGCUGGAGCAACUCAGUGGGUCAGGCAGCAUCUGUGGAGGCUCAUGUUCCCAUCUUGUUCAUGUGUAACUCUGCAACCACAUGGCAACACUAACCUGCCCCUUGAAAUGGCUGACAGAGGCACAUAGUUAAAGGGGAAUUUGAGACGAGUAGUGAAUACUGACUUUGCUGGUGCUUUUCAUAUCCAGUAAAUAAAAAAAAUUAUAAUUUUGGACCUAAAUACAAAAUCCCUGCUGAAAUUCCAAUCUUUAAUAUUCCAACUAAUCCGCCUGUAAUUCCCGAAGAUGGCAAAGCUGGCAGGUACAGCUCCAUAAAGAGCAAUGUGAAGUCUAAGAGUAGGUUAAAUGAGCCAUGCCUCCUAUUAAAUGAUUAACAGCAAGGGUAAGAUAGGAGUCAGGAACAGAAAGCUUGUCAGUUUAUACAGAUCAAAUUGAACCAUUGAUUUUGUUUAAGAAAGAACUGCAGAUGCUGGAAAAAUCGAAGGUAGACGAAAAAUGCUGGAGAAACUCAGUGAGUGAGGCAGCAUCCACUGAGAGAAGGAAUUGGCAACGUUUCGGGUCGAGACCCUUCUUCAGAUUGAAGAAGGGUCUCGGUAGAUUCUUCAGAUUGAAGAAUCUACCAUUGAUUUUGUUGGUGAAUUUUGGCAUAUGCAAUGAGUGGCACAGGAGAAACUUAUGUUCAAUAAGAGAUUUUCACAAAGGCCAGCCAAUUAAUUAAAAUAGCUUCUUUUUUAAAAAGUUUCCAUUUCCUGCCAUCUUUAAUAGUACUUAACCAAAUUGAGUUUGUGUUUGGUUUAUUGUCACGUGUACCGAGGUACAGUGAAAACCUUAUGUUAUGUGUUAACCAGUCAGCGGAAAGACAAUACAUGAUAACAAUCGAGCCAGUCACAGUGUACAGAUACAUGAUUAAGGGAAUAACGUGAAUAAUAUUUAGUGCAAGAUAAAGUCCAGCAAAGUCCAUUCAAACAUAGUCCAAGGGUCUCCAAUAAGAUAGAUAGUAGUUCAGGACUGCUCUGUAGUUGUAGGUAGGACGGUUCAGUUGUCUGAUAACAACUGGGAAGAAACUGGCCCUGAAUAUGGAGGUGUGCGUUUUCACACUUCUAUACCUUUUGUAUGCCUUUUGCCCGAUGGGAGGGGAUUUCCAGCAAAACUGUCUCUCAACAAUUCUGUUUAUAAUCCGAAAUUUCUGACAUGCAAUCCUGAAAUUUAUGAAAAUAUGGCACUUUUUAAAAACAUGUUGUUUUUUUUCUCCCUUUUUGCAACAUUGUAAAUACAUUUACUUACCUGUGAAAUGUUACAAAAGCACGUUUGUUAUAUACCAGCAACAAAAGUAUGCAGGGAGAAUUACUUAUGUCAGAUCUCUUGAAAUAAAUAAUAUUUCCCCAUUA